AUGGCUGAACAACCGCGCGACCUGUCGUCGAUCCUCGCCGCCCUUGGCGCUGCGCAGCGUGGUCCCUCGACGACGCCCACACAAGGACAACCACCUGCUCAUCCCGGUUACCCCCCGCCCCCCGGCGUUCAACAACCGCCUCCCUCUUACCCUCCUAUGCCCCAGGGCGCGGCUCCGCCGCCACACUAUCCUGGCGCCAGCGGCUACCCGAUGCCUCAGCCCUCGGCCUCUGGCAGUGUCGACCUGAGCUCUAUCCGCCCUGUCAAUUCUGGUACCGUCAGCCUUGCUGAUGCCAUUGCUCAAGCCAAGGCUUUCGCCGCCGAGAAGGGAGUUAGCUCCUACGAUCGACCAGUCGUGUACGCCAACGAGCCGCCUCGCGGACCACAAGACCCUCGCGCUUACCAGCAAAACUCUCGGUCCCGAUCACCACCCUCGCGCCGUGACCCUUACCGAGACGGAGGCAACCCCUACCGCGACGAGCGUCGCGAGGAUCGAGGCCCCUCUCGCGACUACGGCCACGGCGGUGGUCACGGUCGCGAGCGUUCCUACUCCCCAGGCCCCCGAGGCGGAGGCCGCACCUUUUCUCCCAAGAACGGCGGUGGCGGCGGCCGUGAGCGCUCCCCUCUACGUAGCAAUGGGGGCGACGACCACGCCGAGACCAUCCAGAUCGAGUCCAGCCUCGUGGGCCUCAUCAUCGGCCGACAGGGCGAGAACCUCCGUCGCAUCGAGGGAGAGAGCGGCUGCCGUGUACAGUUCAUGCCAUCGACCGACGGCGGCCCAUACCGUUCGUGCAAAAUUUCAGGCCCAAGGCCACGCCGCGCCGAAGUCAAGACUGCCAUCAACCGCAUCAUCGAGGACAGCGGCAUGAGUGUGAUCAACCGAGGUGGAGCCCUCAAGUCGCAAGGUGAUCCGCGCGCCGGCGGCAUGGGCGGCCCUGCUCCCAAAGAAGGUGAAGACUGCCUGCAGAUCAUGGUGCCAGAUAGGACCGUCGGCCUCAUCAUCGGACGUGGCGGUGAGACGAUUCGCGACCUCCAAGAGCGCUCCGGCUGCCACAUUAACAUCACGAGCGAAGCUAAGAGCACCAACGGCCUUCGCCCCGUCAACCUCAUUGGCUCUCCCCAGGCCGCUGCCAUGGCCAAGGAGGCAAUUCUUGAGAUCGUCGACAGCGAUAGCCGUGGCGACGGCCAGCCGGUCCCGCCCAAGAGGGGCCCUCGACAGGACAAUUCUCGAGAUGGUCCUAGUGGCGGUGGCGGCGGUCAUGACAAGAUCAACGACACUAUUCACGUUCCAUCUGAGGCUGUUGGUAUGAUCAUUGGCAAGGGCGGCGAAACCAUCAGGGAGAUGCAAAAUAACACUGGGUGCAAAAUCAAUGUUGCCCAGUCGUCUGGUCCUGGUGAAGUUGAGCGCGAAAUCGCCCUCAUUGGCAGCCGUGAAAGCAUCACGCAAGCAAAGGCGGCGAUCGAAGAGAAGGUGGACGCAGUGCGCCAAAAGAGCGGAGGUGGUGGCGGUGGACGUGAUGGUGGUGGCCGUGGUCGUCAACAACAGCACCAUGACUAUGACAAUUACUCGCAGCAGGCUUCUAAUGCUCCAGCACAGGCUAACGCUCCGGCGGCUCCGGCGCCGGCAGCUGCAGAUGGAUCUGAUCCGUACGCCCAAUAUGGCGGCUACCAGAACUACCUGGCCCUUUGGUACCAGUCAUUGAUGUACCAGCAACAGCAAGGUGGUAGCGCUCCUCCAGCGGGCGGCCCCCCAGCUCCUGGUGCGGCUUAG